GAUAGCACGUUUUCUGUUUUCGUUUCAUCUAAUUUCAUUUUCAUUUCAUUUUGUUUAUCACAGAGGAAACAUACAAAUUUAGCUUCACUUCCGCAAAGUAUUUAUCAACGUGAAGAUGUGUGAGAUAUCGAAAAAAUUUGAUGCCGAUAUUAAACUAAUCCAAUUAGUUGAAAAGUUCCCUCAUAUUUACGAUAAAAGAGAUCCUUCUUUUAAGGAUAAAUUGGCACUAGAAAAUUCAUGGUCAUUUAUUUCUAAUGAAAUGAAAAUUCCUGCUUCAGAUUGUGUAAAUAGGUGGAAUACCCUAAGGAACAGAUUUUCUAAAGAACGAAAUAAAAUAACCCCUUCUGGAUCCUCAUCAGGCAAGUCCAAAGAAUGGGAACUAUUGAAGUACAUGCAAUUUCUACACACCCAUAUGAGGAAAAGAAAAACGUUUGGCAAUUUGCCUGAAGAGAACGAAGUUACUAAAAGAGUAGUGCAGGAACUGUCUGAAGAGAAUUGUUCAGGAAUAAACACUAUUUGUUACGAAACUAUAGAUAGUGAUUUGGAAUGCACUCAAGACAACGAAAUUUUUGGGGAUGUAUCUUGUGAAAAUAUUGUGGAGCAAAGUACUCCUAAAAAUAAAAAUCCCAAAAAUCCUGAUAUGAUGCCAAUUAUAAAUGAAGCGGUUAACGUUCUGAAGUCACUCUCUUCAUCUGGCAAACAGGGCUCCAAAGAACUAUCUGUUAAAAAUUUUUGCGAUAGUUUACAUCAUGACUUGAUGAAAAUGGACGCAAAAAAAUUAAGACAGUGUAAACAAGGCAUUUUGAGGCUUAUUGAUGAAUAUUCACACAAUUAG